CAGAGCAUAAAUUCCCAGGUACCAAAAAAAGAAACCAUCAGAAAGGCGGAAGAAAGAGGAUAAGGAAAGGAGAAAAGGUUAGAAUAAAGCUAUCCCGGAAAUAUCCCAACCCGCCGGAGAGAGAUGGUGGCGAAGAAGGUAAUGAGAUAUUCUCCAUGGGCCCCUUCGGCGCCGACGACGGCGAAGAAGAAAUAUAAGGUGCGGCUGGCGGUGACCAGACUUGAGGGGUUGCCGCCCUCAAGGGAAGGAGGAGGAGGAGGGAAGGUGGCCGCCGUGGAGAUCAAAUGGAAACGGCCGAGCAGGAUGGGGAGCCUCUCGUAUCUCGUGCGGCGGAGAAGGAAGCCGGUCCGGAGCGUUUCCCGCGAGAAACCGGUCGGAAACGAUGGCGUCGUCGACUGGGAGGAGGGCGGCGAUGCAAACAUAUGUUGCUUCUGGAAUUCGGAGCUCGUUUCACGAUCCGAUUCCGAUCCCAAUUCUAUCGGCCCUUUGGACGUCACCUUCUCCAUCCUACAUGGAUUCCAUGAUCAACAAGGAGGGAAGGAGAAUAAACUGGAAGAGGUAGGGACAGCAAUGGUAAACCUAGCAGACUGGGCCAGCUCUUACCAAUCGCAGAGACAAGGUGAAGAAGGGAAGGAUUCCAAGCUGCAGGUCCAAAGGAAGCAGCUUCCCAUCACCCUACGAAUGGAAAGCUUGGCAUGGGAGGCCACACUUUAUGUGACCAUCAACUUUGAUGAGCCCACAAAAGGCAAGAAGAACCAACAAGAAAAGCAAACAAGCGACGAGGCUGGAACUGAUGAUUCAUGUAUCUUCAAUGCAGAAGAUCAGCUCCUAUUAGCAGAUGAAAAAGAUAAAUUGGCAGAUUACAGCAAGAGGGAUCAUGCUGCCAGUAACAGCAGCAGCAGCAGUGGGAGAUCAAGUCCAGAGACAGGAUUGACUUCAAAAGAAUCAUUUCUUUCCUGGAGAAAGAGAAGCAAGAUUGCUAACAAAAGCAGGGAGACCCAGGAUUCUUCUAGUCUUGAAAACAUACCUUCCAGAAGUGGCAUGCACAAAAAAGAAUCCUCAGGAUCUGAUCAAGAUGAUGAUCUAGUUGGUAGCUGGAAAGUCAAAGAAUUCAUCAGCAGAGAUAGGGAAACAAAGCUCAAAACUCAAGUCUUCUUUGCUUCCAUUGACCAGCGAGAUGAGAGCGCAGGUGGCGAGAGUGCUUGCACUGCCCUCGUUGCUGUAAUUGCUAAUGCACUCCACUCCAAUGGACUGAACCCACCAACCAGAUCAGAGUUUGAUACUCUUAUCAGAGAAGGCUCUUCUGAGUGGAGAAAGUUAUGUGAAAAUGUGUCCUAUAUAGGCCGUUUCCCCAACAAGCACUUUGACCUUGACACCAUAAUAGAAGCAAAUAUAAAGCCUAUAUCUGUUCUGCCAGAGAAAUCUUUCGUUGGGUUCUUCCAACCAGAGAGUUUUGAAUCAUUACAUGGGGCAAUGUCCUUUGAUGAUAUAUGGCAAGACAUUACUAGCAACAUCAGAGAAGGUGAUCCUAAGGUCUAUAUCGUGAGCUGGAACGAUCACUUCUUUUUGCUUAAGGUGGAAGCUAAUGCUUAUUAUGUCAUUGAUACACUGGGGGAAAGAUUGUUUGAAGGAUGUUAUAAAGCCUACAUACUCCGGUUUGAUGACUCCACGGAGAUGUAUAGGUUGCCAGAGGACAGUGGAAAUGAAGGUGGAGAAGAGCUACACUGCAGUGGGAAGGAGUGCUGCAGGGAGUUCAUAAAUAGAUUUCUAGCUACCAUACCAUUAAGAGAAGAGUUGGAGAUUGAAAAGAAAGGAGUGGGGACAAACACAGCACUCCAUCAGAGGUUACAAAUAGAGUUGCAUUUGACAGAGGCAGCUAAUCAAAUAGCGACUCAAAGUUGAUUGGAGAUGACACUCAACUAUAUGCGGAAGACACAGCCUGUUCCAUUAAGUGUAGGUUGUUGAGUACUGUAAUUGUAAUGUAAACUGUCUGUAUAUCUGUACAGUCUAUACCAGCACUAACAUGGUUCCUGAAAAGAGGCAGAGACAGAAAACAUCUAUCUUGAAGUAGCAAUUAUGAUAUGCUUGACAAAAAUCUUGACAACUGAUAGAGAGGUUGCAAUGGAUAUCAGAAAAUCACUUCUAAUUAGAAUUUCCCAUGUUAGAGAAAUUUUAUUGGAAGUAUGUAUGAGCAGAAAAUAAAGGAAGCAAGGCAGCAAAAAUGACCAUCUCUGAUUCUACACAAAUAUUCGUACAAUUGUUUGACUGUAAGAAGCCAUAGAAAAAUAGUUCAAAGUUUUUCUAUUCUUUUCUUCUUCUUUUUUUUUGAGAAAGACGUCCUCCCACCUAUUUGAAAACGGAGGACUUUAUUGUUUGAAACAAAUGUAGGAUAUUAAGCAGAACUUCUUGUAUGGUUAUGCCAAAUCUUCAGCCAUGGUUUACAGGCCCUACCUUUAUU